GGUGUUGUCAUCAUCCCUUCCUUCGGUACGCCGAUUAUCUUCUUUCCUUUUUUCCUUAUCGUCGACAUGGAGCGCGGUGGAAAGUAGCUGUUCCAGUUUUAAUAUUUACGCUUGGAGGAUGAUCCACCGUCAGGUUCUUUUACACCAGGUUUUGGUCUGCUUUGGGUUGACUGGUCAUUAUGCUGAUGCAGCUCUGUAGUAUCAAGAACUUGUACCAGAAUCGCCUUUUAGGCUUGGCGGCCAUGGCCUCUCCAACCCGUAGCAACCAGAGUCGCCAGCGCUGUAAGGAUCGUCACAGCUAUGGCCCAGAUACCUAUGCUGUCAGCAGUCUGAACCAGGAAGCCUUCAUGUUGGGAUUGUCACGGUCCACCAGUGACACUGAUCUAGUUUCCCCAGACACUCGCUCUACCCUGACUGUCAGCUCUUCUCACUACACGAUAGGCCAGUCUGAAGACCUUGUGAUUACAUGGGACAUCAAGGAGGAAGUCGAUGCUGGGGACUGGAUUGGAAUGUAUCUUGUUGAUGAGACUUUAUCUGAGAACUUUUUGGAUUAUAAGAAUCGAGGCAUCAACGGCUCUCACAAGGGACAAAUAGUCUGGAAAAUUGACUGCAACUCUCACUUCAGUGACUCUGAGACCUUGAUCUGCUUCAAGUACUACCACGGUGUUACCGGAGCACUGAGAGCAACCACACCCAGUCUAACCAUCAAAAAGGGAACUGUGCCUGUCCUAAAGCCAGUGGUUAGUCCUGAGGCCAACCCAGGCCCGGGCAACAGGAGACUCAUUAACUUUUCCCUUUCAGACCUCCAAGCAGUUGGUUUAAAGAAGGGGAUGUUCUUCAAUCCAGACCCAUACCUCAAGCUUUCCAUCCAGCCUGGAAAGCACAGCAUCUUUCCCUUGUUGCCACACCAUGGCCAGGAGAAACGCUCCGGCGUCGUCUGCAACACAAUCAACCCGAAAUGGAACUCAGAGAGGUUUAACUUUUUGUCGCUACCCACUGACGUGCUUGAGAUUGAGGUGAAGGACAAGUUUGCCAAGAGUCGGCCCAUCAUCAAACGCUUCCUGGGGAAGCUGUCUGUUCCUGUCCAGAGGCUGCUGGAAAAACAUGCCAUCGGGGACCGGAUAAUAAGUUACUCGCUGGGUCGCAGGCUUCCAACAGAUCAUGUGUGUGGUCACCUACAAUUCCGCUUUGAGCUCACCUCCUCAAUUCACCCAGAUGAUGAAGAGGUCUCACUGGUCAUAGAAUCCGCUUGCCCUGAAAGGGGAAUCAACGCUGAUUCCAACAACGUCGCUAAUACACCUGAGGCUGAUACUUUAAGUGUGGGACAUGAUAUGCCUGACCUCCCUUUGGAUGCCCCAGCUGACCCUGAGACCCCAAUGCCAUCAGCCUCCACAGCUGAGGAAACCCAACACACUGGGACAGUAGAACUUGAGGUGGCGCUAGAGGUAGAACAAGAUGCUGUGGAGGAGGAGAGCACAGUGAGAGAGGAUGAGCCUGCUUCUACUGAGUUUCAGAGUGAGGAUAGACAAUCAGCUGACUUGCAAGAAGAGAACACUGUCGUGGAGGUACAAGAGGGAGAAUCAGAAGAGAGGCAGGGGGAGGACGAAGAAGAGGUCCAGAGAGAUGAAAAUAUCCCACAAGCUGAGGAAGGAAUAACAGCAGAACAUGACAAAUCAAAGGUGCCAACUGACAAUAUUUCAGCUGUAACUGCAGAGGACAACGACACUUCCCAGGAGGUAGUAGCAGGAAGAACCGAAGUAUCACAAAGAACGAGAGAGAGUGGUGAAAGUAGCAACGGCCCCUGUUCCUGCCUCUUCUCAACCUGCAACUCACAUUGUGUCCCACGCCGCAAAACCCGCCCUUGCUCCUUGCCAGUGUCCGAGCUGGAAAAUGUGAUCGCCUCAGCGUGCGGUGAGCCGGAAACUCCCAGAUCCCACUACAUCCGCAUUCACCACCUUCUUCACAGCCUUCCAUCCGCACAACAUCGGGCACCAAGCCAGGAGGAGGAGGAUGUGGAGGAAGGGGAGAACACGAGCACAACUCCGGACAACACCUCGACAUCACCAACACUUAAAAGCUCCAAAGACAGGAAAGAGGAAGGCCAGGAGGAUGAGGAUGAGAUCACCCAAUCUCCCAUUCAGGUCCCAGAGUGUCCUGGCCCAUGCUGCUGUCGUUCCCUCCCACGUAGCCUCUCCAUUGAACGUCUGUCUGAACUAAACCAGCUCCUGGAAGGUGAUGGAGGAGGUGGAGUGCAUUCAGCAGUUAGAAGAAUCUCUCUCUCCUACCUGGAAAGCGAAGAGGGGGAUUCCAAUAAUGGAGUCGUAAAAGUAAAUAGAAGGAGCAGCCAUCCAGCACGGGGUGAAAACGAGUGCGAGUUCUGUGAUGCCUCCUGCUACAGCACCUCCUGCUACAGCACAUCCUGUUACAGUACAUCCUGUUACAGCAAUUCAGGCUAUGAGGGCCGGGGCCGCUUCUGCAGCCACACGCGCCUCUCCUCUGUGGACAGCAACCGGCUUUCUGGCAGUACCGUCUUUUCCUCACAAGAUGAGGAGGAAGAUGAGAGCACCUUUGAGUCAGGACCAGAUGCAAACCACUGUCCUGAAGGCCAGGAAGUGGGAGGAGAAAGAAGGAGUGGAACAUGGCAAGAGGGCAGGAGAGAGGAGAAUGGAGAAUCUGUCGGAGCUGAAUCCCAGGAAGCUAACAGUACGGGCUCAGGCUUCUCACCUCCCGUUGGCCUUCCUCCAGUACUUCUUCCCAGCCUUGACUUAAACCAUUUUCCUGCUGCCACUGACCAAGCCUUACCUCCAAAUUGGGAAGCUCGUAUAGACAGCCAUGGCAGAGUGUUCUAUGUCGACCAUGUCAAUCGCACCACGACGUGGCAGAGGCCAAGCCACAGUGGCAAGUGUCACCACGGAAUCCCCCGAUCAGGAUCCAGCCAACAGAUGGAGCAACUCAACCGGAGGUACCAGAACAUCCAGAGGACCAUGGCCACAGAAGAGGAGGGUGGCAGUCAGCGAUUAGAGCGAGCUCCCAGUAUCGAGACAGACUCUGAUUCUCCUCCAACAGCUACAGGUCCAGCAUCACCUGUCAAUCACCAGAAGAUCAGCCAGCUUCUCCAGUCACCUGCUGUCAAGUUUAUUACACAUCCAGAAUUCUUCACUAUGUUGCACAGUAACUAUUCAGCCUACCGGAUGUUCACAAGCAGCACCUGUGUGAAACACAUGAUUCUCAAGGUGCGCCGUGACGCCAAGAAUUUUGAGCGCUACCAACAUAACCGGGACCUCGUGGUUUUCCUCAACAAGUUUGCAGACACUCAACUAGAGUUGCCACGAGGCUGGGAGAUCAAGACUGACCCGCAGGGCAAGUCUUUCUUUGUGGAUCACAACAGUCGAGCCACGACCUUCAUUGACCCUCGCAUCCCUCUUCAGAAUGGCCGACUGCCUGGCCACCUAGCUCACAGACAACACUUGCAGAGACUGCGCAGCUAUAGUGCUGGGGAGGCCUCAGAUGUGUCAAGGAUUCGUGGGGCAUCUUUGAUGGCCAGACCUGCAAACAGUCUGGUCGCAGCCAUACGGAGCCAGCAUCAUGCUGACCCACAACAAUCAACUACUGCAUCAUACAACGACAAGAUCGUGGCGUUCCUUCGACAACCAAACAUAUUUGACAUGUUACAAGAGCGACAACCCAACUUGAACAGAAAUCAUGCGCUCAGGGAGAAGCUCCACUAUAUCCGGUCUGAAGGUACCCAGGGUGUUGAGAAACUGUCGUGUGAUGCAGACCUGGUCAUCUUGUUAAGUUUAUUUGAAGAGGAGAUCAUGUCGUAUAUUCCACCUCACCCCAUCCAUGCUGGCUUUAGCUUCUCCCCACGAUGCUCCCCUGCCAACUCGCCGCAGAACUCCCCUGGCUUGCAGAGAGCCAGAGCGCCGGCCCCUUACCGCAGAGACUUUGAGGCCAAACUCAGAAACUUCUACAGAAAACUUGAAGCAAAGGGCUAUGGCCAAGGACCAGGCAAGAUUAAGCUGUUGAUAAGGCGGGAACACCUACUGGAAGGCACCUUCAAUCAAGUGAUGGCAUAUUCUCGCAAAGAGUUACAGAGGAACAAACUUUACGUCACGUUCCUGGGAGAGGAAGGGUUAGAUUACAGUGGACCAUCCAGAGAGUUUUUCUUCCUUUUGUCUCAGGAGUUGUUUAAUCCAUACUAUGGACUGUUUGAAUACUCCGCAAAUGACACCUAUACUGUUCAAAUCAGCCCCAUGUCUGCGUUUGUUGAGAACCAUCUGGAAUGGUUCCGUUUCAGUGGGCGCAUCCUGGGCCUGGCUCUUAUUCAUCAAUACCUCCUGGAUGCAUUCUUCACCAGACCUUUCUACAAGGCCCUGCUGAGGCUGCCAACAGAUCUUUCUGAUCUGGAGUACCUGGAUGAGGAGUUCCACCAAUCUUUGCAGUGGAUGAAGGACAAUGACAUCACUGACAUCCUGGAUCUCACAUUCACUGUCAAUGAGGAGGUCUUUGGCCAGGUGACAGAACGGGAAUUAAAGUCCGGAGGCUCAAACCUCCAGGUGACCGAGAAGAACAAAAAGGAUUAUAUUGAACGAAUGACCAAGUGGAGGGUGGAAAGAGGGGUGGUCCAACAGACUGAGGCGUUAGUUCGAGGCUUCUAUGAGGUGGUCGACUCCAGGCUGGUGUCAGUGUUCGAUGCCCGAGAGCUCGAGCUGGUUAUUGCCGGUACUGUGGAGAUUGACCUCAGCGACUGGAGGAGCAAUACUGAGUACAGGGGAGGUUACCAUGACGGCCACAUAGUGAUGCGGUGGUUCUGGGCCGCUGUGGAGCGUUUCAACAAUGAGCAGCGUCUCCGCCUCUUGCAGUUUGUAACUGGGACGUCCAGCGUGCCGUACGAAGGCUUUGCUGCCCUGCGGGGCUCCAAUGGACUGCGGCGCUUCUGCAUCGAGAAGUGGGGCAAAGUUACUUCGCUACCAAGGGCCCAUACGUGUUUUAACCGUCUUGACCUGCCUCCAUAUCCUUCGUACACCAUGUUGUACGAGAAACUGCUGACUGCUGUGGAGGAAACCAGCACAUUUGGUCUGGAGUGAGACAGCAAAGCAGUUGACAACAACAGACGUCCUGUUGGAACACUCGCUUGGCUGCGAGGAAGAAACACUCACGGGAUAUGCAGAGCCUGGAUUUCCUCAUUGUGGAGACCUGCUGAACAAAGAUGUUGGCCUACAGUAUGUAAAUGACUGUUAUGGUUCUGUAUAUUAGUCUUGAGGGUUCGUGACAGGAAGUAGCACAUUUGGACAUUAUUUGGGGAUUUCCAGUGGUAUCAAUCAUGAAAAAUGGAUGUAUGAACUAUACACUGGCAGACACUAACACAACGAAUAAUAGCAAGCAUUAUAUUUAAAGCUAUUGAUGAAAUUCAUCAGAAAGUCAUCGGAAUAUCCAGUAUGAGUCAUUAUUUAAAAGUAAAUAACAUUCAUCGGGGCACUCAGACCUCUUCACUGCGGUCCCUGUGCUGAUACAAACGCCUCCCUAAUGUGUACAAAGAUGAGCAAGUUGCCUAAAAUUAGGAAAUGUUAAUGUAUUCAUGCAUCUUUACACCAAGCUUUUCACUUUUAUUAACCCAUUAGUUACUUCUGGUACUCUUUUAAAACCAAUGUCAAACUCUGAAAAGCAGCACAAAUCAUCUUGCAAAAGCUGUUGAAAAGUAACAAUCAAUUCUAUUUAAAUUUACUAAGAGUUCAAAUAUUCUUCAAGACUGCAGAUACAGUAUUUAUCCUCUAUGUUUUAUAAUCUAAAAGUAUAAAUUAUAAGUGAAUUCAAAGCUAACAAAAACUAACAAAUGCUUUUCAUUCUCAGGUAGUUUAUUGAACUUUAACCUGCUACAGAAACAGGCUGGAAAGGCAGACACGCACAAACAGUAUGUUGUGGACAUGCACUAAUACAAAUACUUACAAUACAGCGAUAUAUAAAAAUAUGAUGAAUAAGAGAGGUGCCAAAGAAAAACAAUCAUAACUGGUAUUUGAUCUGGCAGAAUGUGUUGCAUUUACCCUAAAAUAUGUCGGGGUGACCAUUGCAAGUUUACAAUCAAACUCUAACUUUAGUAAAUGUAGUAAAUAAAAACAGAGCAUUUUAUCAUAUUUAUGGUCUUCUGGCUCGACCAGAAUGAAAAUACAGUCGUCCCUCGUCAAAUCACGCCCUCACUUUAUCGCAGUUAUUCAAAAAAUAAUUACUGAUCUCUGUUUUGUGGUUGAAUAUGGCCUUAUAAGUAAAAAAAAAUGCAUAUUUAAGCUAAUUGUACGUCUUCUCUGCCUAAAUUAAGCAUUUAAGCAUAAAAAUGGCAAAAUGAACGAAAAUACAAACAUAAAGCAUUCAGAAGAUGUGAUACGAAGUGUAAUACAGGAUCAGUGACUUGUUGUGUGCGUCUUUAAGAAGCGAGGCCUGGGAAGUGACGUGUGUGUGAUGUUAGCUGGCUAGAGCUGACAAGCAGCUGAGUGCUAGUAACAGGUUAGCAGCGCAGAGAGUGGCCGACAGCAGCUCCUGUGUGAAUGUUCACUGCAUGUGAUCUCUGCUUGUUAAUGAAGCGAUUGAAGUGCACCGUGAGUCUUUCCUUAACCCCAAACAGCGGCAGUAAAGUGGGAUUCUACACUGGUCUCUAGGUGUCAGUAACGUUACAUUGAUGAGACAACGCCACCGCAGGAGCUGUCAAUGCUCAUGUGAGAUCUUAUUUAUGUCUAAGAUGGCUUAUUUGCUAUUAUGAUGUCUCUACUAUGUCGGGUAAUACAAGUGUAAAGGUGACUAUAGGGGUGUUAUUUCAUGUCUGCAGGGCUCUUAUAAGGGUAAAAACUGUAUUUACAAAGUCAUAAACAGGUUUUCUAUGCUCUAACUACAAAAAUAUUCAAUUUAUUAAUACUGAAUCCUACUUUGUGGAAAUUCACUUAUGGUGGUCAGGUCUGGAACCGAUCAACCGCGAUAAACGAGGGACAACUGUAUAUAAAAAUACACAAAGAAUGAAGCCAUUUUUUCUUGUUAUGCAAUAUCAGUAAGUGUAAAACUCGAAAAGAUGGUUCAGAUAAUCAACAGCAACAACAAAUCCCAAGUAAACACAAAACGUAAUCCUAACCCAAAAUACAGACCCUAACCCUAACCUAAACCCAUGUCUUCAACCUCAAACCCCAACUCUAACCCGAAAUAAUGGAAAAAGAUCGAAAAAGAAAUCAUGUGUUUCACGGUCAACUGCGGCCAACUGUCAAUAAAUGUGAAAUGAAGGUAACCAAUCAUGUAAAACGUCGCCUUAAAAAGAUUAGGCUCACUUUGCAGUCUUACAUUCUGUUCAUCUGGUCUUUUAUUUACAGUAUCCAAUUUCUUCUUUUGUGCCGCCCCAAAAUUUGGGUCAACUCCGAGUUGGAUGGCCUCAGGGUUUUAGAAAACAAAUAUAGAUUGUCCACUGUCUCCAGUACUUUACGUGGAACUUAUAAUGACCAGGUUGUGUACCUGUACUUUAGUUCCCAUUGUCAACACAGUUCGCAUGGUGGGGAACUUCCUAGAACUGGCAUUCAUGUCAAAAAACAAAUCACGGUCUCACACAACGUUCCUGAAUUGCAUUAUUAGAAUAUUGUUCAAAAAGUUGCAUCAAAAGGGCUGCUGAGAUUCUUGAAGAUUGGGUCAUUGAAAGAACCGCUGAGGUUGCAGAGUUCCACCAAUGUGAGCAACACAGUUAGCUUGCACUCUUCUUCACGUAUUCCACUGAAAUCCCCACAGUGGAGCAGCUUCUGGGGAGCACUGAGGCUCAAACCACAUGAUCGGUCCAGUCUGUCACCAUUUCCAGCCAAGGUUUAUUUGUCUAGGUUUCGGGCUACAGGUUAGGUUUUGUGUAGGGUAAGAGUUCCGAUCUUGGCCGUGGUAUAAAUUAUGUGCAAAUGGGCUUUGGGCCAACAUAUGCAACCUUUGUCUCCAUCUGCGCUUCAUGAAAUAAACUAUGCCUCAGGUAUGGAAGCUGACUGAAAAGCAGUAAUAAUGGCCAUAAUAUGCAAUACCGUUGUGACGGAGGUCAACUAUCAAGAGAAUUAUCGCUGGUAUCAGUACUACUACUUCUACUAAACCAGGUACAUUGUCGUGCUGCACCAAAGCAGUCGAUUCGUACUGUAAUGGCUAUUGCUUCUCUUCAGCCUCUCUUCCUGGUUCUUUGGGGGGCGUUACUAUCAGAGAAGUGGUCAAUGAUUUCACAAUUAAAAAGGUUUUUAGUUUCUAUUCAAAAAAAGCGCAAUAUAUUUCCUAUUAGCAUCAAUGAGGAAGAUCGACGAAGAGCCCAGAAUGAAGGUACACACUCUUUAUACAGUUGCCGCGCCCCUCUUGAAAGUGAAAGUUAAGCUUCUGUGUCGGACAGAGCGAGAGAACAAUGCACCUGUUGUGUCUUUGCCUCUCCAUGAGUCAUAUCUAACCAUUGCGCAACUCUGAUUGUGCUAUGUGAGAGUCUGUGUCGAGAAGGCCGUCUGUAUGAAAAUGCACUCAGCUAAUAGACUGAAUGUACUGUGGUGGAAUAAUAAGCUCGAACAAUACGAACCAAUGCAAUCCCAUUUCUAAAUGACAACCACUGUUUCAAUUUUACUCAUUGGUGUGACACUCAGUGUCCUCGUCCUCCAGCGAGUCUUGGCGAGUUGACAGGUCUUCAUGAGCUGUCGAGUGAGGGAGUCGCCAUGAGUUUGGAUUAUUUUGAGUUUUUCAUUUCAGUCAAGUAAAUCCUCCGUCAACUGUCCUUCCGGGACGUCCCACUGGAUUUUUUUUUUUAGCGCAGAACAAGACAUUGAGGAGUCUAAUAAUAAUAAUAAUAAUAAUAAAACUGUAUGAAUAGUAAUGAAGAGGGACCAGAUAUUGCUGGAAUGAAUCGGAUCUUGUGAUAUUUAUUUGGACUGCAUUGAUGACUCCAAAUUUGAUGGACAUUUGAGGCAUAUUUCGGAGUGAAUUUCAAACAUCUGUGAUGCUCCACUGUCUAAAAACCCAAUGACUGUCUUCUGCCGACCACUGCACCGUUAAAAAUGUGCAACUGAUUGGAAGCAUUGUGGAAAAACAUGAAGUUUUAUGAGUCAUACGGUAGAAACGCAUUUAAAUUGACGUAACUCUGUGCUGUCCUUGCUUAUUGGCAACAUAUCAGUGGUACAGUCCAAUCACGGGACAACCACAGGGAAUACUACAGUCAUCGUUUGCAGUGCUGAGGCCGAAAUGACACAACGACACAAAGGGAAGAGUGGAUCACGUUGCAAAUUUCAACCUCUUUUGCGGAAAUGUUUUGUACUGUUAUUUAUAUGGUAUGUAUUUAUUAUAUUAACGUUUACUUUCUUCACAAUCACGAGAGCUUGCCUUCAUUUUUGAAACCUUUGCAUUUUGAUAUUUAUGCCUUUUCUAUGAUUAACGUAGCUCACUUGCUAGCCGUUACAGCAAAUCAGAUCAUUUGUAAGCGUCCACUCUCUUUUCGCUCUUUUAAAUGUCUUCACAAAGACAGUUAUGAUGCAUUUGUCUUCAUCUCACAGUUUGUGUUUGUUAAAAUGCCGCAUGUAACGAGUUAUCUGCCAUUUUGGUCUUCUUUUUCGGGGCAUUGAUGGGAUUGAACUCGUCUUUAACGGGGGAAACAAUACUUGAAGACGUGAACUCCAUUGCUUUUACUGACUCGAGUUCUUGUGAGUCAGACACUGUAGUGAAUCGGUUACUCGCUUCAUUCGUCACAAAGCGCAUGUGAAGAAACUUGCACAUGCACAACAAAGUCAGUGAAAGUCGAGUCUUCGUUAUGGAAUCGUUGGGAAUCGUCCGGUCGUUGCUGAGCACCCAUGAGUCAGUGAAAUUUGAGUCUUCAUCAAGCACCCGUGAGUUAAUAAAAACGAAUUCUUUUGAGUCUGAGACUCGAAUCUUUGCUGAGUACCUGUGUGACGGAGAAACUCGAGUCUUUGCCAAAUACCCGUGGGUCAGUGAAAGUAGUCUUUGAAGCAACUGUGAGUCAGCGAAAUCGAGUCUUUGUUUAGCACCCAUGAGUCAGUGAAACUCAAGUCUUCAUCGACCACCCGUUUGCCACUGAAACUCGAGUGUUGAGGCACCCGUGAGUCAGUAAAUCUCGGGUGUUCAGGCAUCCGUGAAUCAGUGAGUGUGUGAGUCUUUGUCAAGCACCCUGGAGUCAGUGAAACACGAGUCUUAUUCGAGUAACCGUGAGUCAGUGAAACUUGAGUAUUCGUUGAGUAUCCGUGAGUUGGUUUGACAAGUACCUGUGAGUCAGUGAAACUCAAGUCUUUCUUGAGCACCCAUGCAUCACAGAAACUCGAGUGUUUGCACACCCGUGGGUUAGUGAAACUUGAGUCUUCGUCAUGUACACAUGGGUCAGUGAAACUUGAGUGUUUGAGUACCCGUGAGUUGAGGAAAUUUAAAUCUUUGUCGAGCACCCAUGAGUCAGUAAAAUUUGAGUCUUUCAGCACCCAUGAGUCAGUGAAACUUGAGUCGUCGAGCACCAUGGGGUCAAUGAAACGUGAGUCUUUGAGUACCUUUGAGUGAGUGAAACUUGAAGCUUCAUUGAGCACCUGUCAGUGAAACUCAAGUCUUCAUUGAACACCUGUAAGUCAGUGAAACUCGAGUCUUUGAGUUCCAAUUCAGUAAAAAAAAAAAAAAAAAAAGGGUUUGAACGACUCGUUCAUCACUCACACACCACUACUCGGGUCUUGUGUCUGUGUGAUGAAAUCAGUAAACAAAUGUCGACGUAACGAGAAGAAGACCUGCUAAAAUAGAAACGCAACUGAUGCUAGGAAAACACACCAUGAAUCAUUUCAUAAACGAAAAGAUGAAUGCAACAAACUUGGCCGAGUGUUAAUGCUAGCUGUUAGCCGUUCCAGCGAAGAAAGUUCUUUCCCACUAAAACUCACUGAAGAAGCAGCAUUUCCACUUACUUAGCCAGUAGCACAGAAAUGUAAAUAUUCAAGUCUGCCCUUUACUUUGACACCGAUAUCGUCCAUGUCGACCUUGGAGAUGCAGAGGAAAAACUUGAUUUGUUUUGUUUUGUUUUUUAAGCAAAAUGGGUUCAAAAAGAAAUGUGACAGGUUUUGAUGUUACAAACGGUACAGUUGGUAACUGGAAUACUGAAGCAUGCAUUUUUAUUCCAGUGUUGUGUGUGGAUUCUUCACAUAUUGUGCGUAAAUCAUGUUAACGUUGUGACAAACAGUUAAAUGCUCAGGCAGUCCGUCAAAUAUCAUCACACCGCCGUCUAUGAAUCUCAACAUGUUGACUUUGUUUUGUUUGCUGACUUCGAGUAUGAAGUUAAAGCAGUGUUUGGCACUGCUGUCAAAAAUAAAAAAAUAA